CCACACACACACACACAAACAGACUCCCCAAAAUGGCGCACACAGCUCGGACUCGCUUCCCAGCUCGGCCCUGGAAAAAAUCAGGACGUUCACGGAUCCUGGGCUUGAAGAAGGAUUUUAAACACGGAUUCGACGCCGCACUGCCAGUCUCUGCCGCUAUCGGCAAAAACCUCCACAAGUUCCACGACCUCUUCGGAGAAAGCAGCAGCAGUGAGGAUGAACAGUUUUUGGGUUUCUGCUCAGAUGAUAACAGUGUACGGAGCCCGGCAAGGUGUAAUUUCAGAGCCCUGCGAGUUGAAUCUCCUCAAAGGAAGCUUCGGGGAAGACAACGGACAUUUUCUUCGCAAAGCUCGGAUGUAUUAUCAGAUUCAUCCUCUGCACUGUCACCUCCAAACAAGGUUGAGUCGAAGCUUGCUGAUAAAGAAAAGAAGCAAGAAUUAAACACCGGUGAGAGGAAGAGGGGUCGGCCUCCAGUGUUGAGCAAUCCAAAGCUUCACGUUGCACAAGAUAAAAAGGAAACAACAAAUGGGAAAACAGAGAAACAAAAAAAUGAAAAAGAAAAGAAAGAGAAGAAGAAACCUGCAUUAUUGCAGCAGGUGACAAAAAUAAAGAAACUGAGAGUAGUUAAACUGUCACCUUUGCAGUCCAAAUUGAAGAAAGCUAAACUACAGAUUAAUAGCAAUGGGGGAAAGAUUGAACGGAAGAGAGGGAGGCCACCAUCUUCGGAGCGUUUGAAGACUGUUCCAAAACUCCUUGUUCCAACACAAACUAAGAAACAAAAGAGGCUAUGCAAGGAGAAAGAUGGAACACCAACACAAAAGUCGCCAGUGACAAAAGAGAUGAAGUCUUCUGUCAGACAGAGGCCCCGCAGGAUAACCAAGCCAGUCAGAGUUGUUCCUGUCACUAAAAGGACUGAUGCAGCUAUUGCAAAACAGCUCUUACAGAGAGCCAAAAAAGGAGCACAGAAACGCAUGGCUUCACCUCAACUGAAAAAUAUUCGUCAGUUUAUCAUGCCAGUCAUCAGUGCCAUUUCUUCAAGGAUAAUUAAGACUCCAAAAAGAUUUAUUGAAGAUGACAGCUAUGUACCUCCUGUCAAAGCUCCACGCCUAGAGUCAACUCCAACUAGUCGGUUCAGCUCAAUAUCUUGUGGGUCUAGUGAGAAGUCCAGUGCUGUUUCACAGCAUUCAUCACAAAUGUCUUCUGAUUCUUCGAGAUCAAGCAGCCCCAGUGUUACCUCCACUGAUUCACAGGUAUCUGAUGAAUUGCAGACUCUUCCUGAAGUACCAACUCAGUCUCCAGAUUUGCACAGUUGUUUAAAUGCCUCACAGUCCAGUGAACCAGGAGGGGCAGAUAAAAAAAGUCACCGAUUUUCAAUGCCAGAAAGAAGCAAUACUACAAGCAAGAAAUUGCCAACUUCUUCCCCACAGCCAACAUCCUCAUCUCCACCACCACCAUUGCUUUCUCCUCCUCCUCCCCUACAGCAAACCUCAAACGUAUCUGAUCAUUCUCCCUGGCUGAUGCCUCCAACCAUACCAUUCAUUUCACCACCAACAGGCUUGCCAGAAAAACGGAAGUCUAUCUUAAGAGAACCAACAUUCAAAUGGACAUCUCUGAAAAACCUGAGGCCAGAAUCGCAUCAGUACUUCUCCUCAGCAAAGUACGCCAAAGAAGGACUUAUCCGCAAGCCAAUAUUUGAUAACUUCAUAACAUCACCACUAACGCCUGAAGAUGUUGGUUUGCCAACCAGGUUUCAUUCAUCUCCCAGCACACCACCACCACCUCGACUUUUCUCCUCACUUCAUCCUGCCUCCAGGUUUGAUACUCACAAAAGAAGUCCACUGCUCCGCGCUCCGCGAUUCACUCCUAGUGAAGCCCACUCCAGGAUUUUUGAGUCUGUUACUGUAUCACCACGGAAUCUGCUUCGAUCUUCAGUUUCUUCCUCGGGUAAAGGGCAUUCUUCUAAAAGGAAGAACAAAGAGUUACAUAUUUCAAGCCGUAUUGAUCCAAAAUCUCCAUCACACUCCAUGAGAACCAGAAGUGGGCGACUAAUAUCUGCUGAUCUGUCACCUAUCACUCCACAGACACCCGUAACGUCCUCAUCUCCUGUAAGCUCCAUAAUAACUGGUGCCUUAACUCCCCCUCUUGGUAGUUUGGUGCAAUCUGAAGGAACAGCAAAGGAUAAAGAUGGUAGAACAAAGUUAUCAUCUCGACAGACCAGCACUCCAGGGGACAGCUUCUCUGCAGACUCGUCCAGUCCAACAUCUCCAUUGUAUCCAACAGUCACAUCCAGUGCUCAAAAGGACAAAGGCAAAAGCAAGGAUAGGCAAAUUGAAGGCAUGGUCAAAGAGAGAGAUUCUGAGAAAGGGUCAGAGAAAGACAGAGAACGAGAUAAAGAAAAGGAAAAUAAACGUGAAUCAAGGAAAGAAAAGAAAUUGCAAAGUAAGGGGACAGAGCCUCAGAGUCCUCCACCAAUGUUCCUUUACCCAGUUGCAGUGGCUGAAGACCAAACUGUUGGAGAGGAUGUGGUUGCCUCAUCAUCAGUGAAAAAGGUUUCAGGGAGAGCCAAAAGGUCAAAUUCAACUGAUAAAGGUGCAGGGAGUUUGGGAGAUGGGUCUUCCUCAACGCUUUCUGAUGGGAAGAAUAAGAACUCAAAGAAAGGCAGAUUGGGAACUGAAGAGGUGGUGCCCGUAACUGGUGGGACAGAGAGCAGUACAGCUACAUCCAUAGGCAACAAAGACAAGCCUCCUCGCCAUCCUUCUAUAACUUCUAUGCUCUCAUCUGGCACUCUUAAGCAUUCUGCACCUGCUAUCAGUAGUAUGUUAGCACAAGCAGACAAAAUGCCAACAACUGAUAAGCGAGUGGCAAACCUAUUGAGAAAAGCUAAAGCACAGCUUUGCAAGAUUGAAAAGAACAAAUCAUUAAAAAUUGCUAACCCAACAAAAUCUCAGGGUCAAGAGAGUGAUUCUUCAGAAACAUCAAUACCAGGCCCUCGCAUUAAACAUGUUUGCAGAAGGGCUGCUGUUGCACUUGGUCGGAAAAGGGCGGUAUUCCCUGACGACAUGCCUACCCUGAGUGCCUUGCCAUGGGAGGAGAGAGAGAAGAUACUCUCUUCAAUGGGAAAUGAUGAUAAAUCAUCCGUGGCUGGGUCAGAGGAUGCUGAGCCACCCACACCAGUAAUUAAACCAGUAGCCAAGCACAAAGUCCCACAGGAGCCUAUUGUUCGUAAAGGGAGGAGGUCACGUAGGUGUGGACAGUGUCCGGGCUGCCAAGUUCCAGAUGACUGUGGCCAGUGUACAAAUUGCUUGGAUAAGCCCAAGUUUGGUGGUCGAAAUGUAAAAAAGCAAUGUUGCAAAAUGCGGAAAUGUCAGAAUCUUCAAUGGAUGCCUUCUAAAGUACCUCCUCCAAAAUCUGUUAAAGUGAAGAAAAAGGAAAAGAAAACAAAAAUACACGAGAGAAAGGAGGUGCCACCAGAAAAACAACAGACUGACAUCAGCCAUAAAAGCUCUCCACAGAGUGUUUCACAAGAGCACUCACAGAAAGUAAACCAGGUUCCUCAUCAACACAGUGACCAGCCGUUUGAGGAAGGCAGCUCUUCCCCACCCUCUGAAGCUCGGCAACAGGCUACAAUAGUUUCACCUCUGCGGAAACCUAGCAAACAACCUCCUCAGCCACCUGAACCCAGUUUGCCUCUGCAGCCAGGUCACGUGCAAUUAAAGAAAGAAUCAAUCAAGCCUGUUCUGAAUGACUCAAAGAAAAAACAGCCACCGCAAACGGAAUCAGCACUAGAGCUGAACAAGCAGAAGAAACCCCCUGCUCGUUUCAAUAUUCAGUUAAAAACUAAAAAGCCGAAAGAAAAGGACAAAGUGAUUCCUCCCAGUAAGUUUGAACCCAGUACUCUGAAUCUACUCACCACGUUCACAAACGUCAGUUGUGGAAAACAGAAGCCGUUAUUGGAUGGAGUCCACAGGAUCAGAGUGGAUUUCAAGGAGGACUGUGAUGUGGAGAAUGUGUGGGAAUUGGGUGGACUUAGCAUCCUGACCUCUGUACCCAUCACUCCCAGGGUGGUGUGUUUCCUCUGCGCCAGCAGUGGACAUGUGGAGUUUAUUUACUGUCAGGUUUGCUGUGAGCCCUUCCACCUCUUCUGCCUGGAGGAGAGUGAGCGCCCUCUGGAGGAGCAGUGGGAAAACUGGUGUUGCCGGCGCUGCAAGUUCUGCCAUGUCUGUUGCCGACAGAAUAAAUCUUCAAAGCAGCUUCUUGAGUGUGGCAAGUGCAGAAACAGCUAUCAUCCAGAGUGCCUGGGACCCAACUACCCAACAAAACCAACUAAGAAAAAGAAAGUCUGGAUAUGCACCAAAUGUGUACGCUGUAAAAGUUGUGGAGCGACAACACCAGGGAAAGGCUGGGAAGCACAGUGGUCACAUGAUUUUUCUUUAUGUCACGAAUGUGCAAAACUCUUUGAUAAAGGAAACUUUUGUCCACUGUGUGACAAGUGCUAUGAUGAUGAUGAUUAUGAAAGCAAGAUGAUGCAGUGUGGAAAGUGUGAUCGUUGGGUUCAUGCUAAGUGUGAAAGCUUGUCAGAUGAGAUGUAUGAAAUCUUGUCAAAUCUUCCAGAAAGUGUGGCAUACACAUGCAUAAAUUGCACGGAGCAACACCCUGCAGAAUGGAGGCUGGCAUUAGGCAAGGAGCUGCAAAUCUCUUUAAAGCAAGUCUUGACUGCAUUGCUAAACUCUAGAACAACCAGUCACUUGUUGCGAUAUAGGCAGGCUGCUAAACCACCUGAUUUAAAUCCAGAGACAGAAGAAGCUGUCUCUGUUAGAAGUUCACCUGAAGGUCCUGAUCCUCCCGUUCUUACGGAAGUAAAUCAGCAGGAUGAGCAACCUCUUGAUCUGGAAGGUGUGAAGAGGAAGAUGGAACAGGAGAGAUAUAAUUCGGUGCUCGAGUUCAGCGAUGACAUUGUGAAGAUCAUCCAAACAGCGAUGAACUGCGAUGGUGGGCAGCCUGAAAACAAAAAAGCCAAUAGCAUGGUCAAGGCUUUCUUUAUACGGCAAAUGGAACGAUUCUUCCCAUGGUUUAGUGUGAAGGAGUCCAAGUUCUGGGAGCCCAAUAAGGUCACUCCAAAUAGCGGAAUGCUUCCCAAUGCCGUGUUGCCACCAUCAUCUGAUCACAACUAUGCUCAGUGGCAAGAGAGGGAUGACUGCACACGUACUGAACAGCCUGCGCUCACUAAGAAGAUUAUCCCAGCACCGCAGCCAAAAGGACCCGGAGAUCCAGACUCGCCGGUUCCUCUCCCCGCGCCCCCACUUGCAAUAACAGCAGGCACGGACAGAAGUCGAGAAGAAAGCCCUGAUAUCGACCCUCCACCAGAUGUCGAAGACAACAGGCAGUGUGUACUUUGCCUGAAGUAUGGCGAUGACAACAAAAACGAUUCUGGGCGUCUUCUGUACAUCGGUCAGAAUGAAUGGACGCACAUAAACUGUGCCUUGUGGUCAGCGGAAGUGUUUGAGGAUGAUGACGGCUCGUUGAAGAAUGUGCACAUGGCUGUGAUCAGAGGCAAACAACUGCGUUGUGAACGAUGUCAGAAAUCCGGGGCGACUGUUGGCUGCUGCCUUACAUCUUGCCAGAGCAACUAUCACUUCAUGUGUGCUCGAGCAAAGAACUGUGUCUUCCUGGAUGACAAGAAAGUAUAUUGUCAGCGACAUAAAGAUCUGGUCAAGGGAGAGACUGUCGCUGAGGAUGGAUUUGAGGUGUUAAGGAGGAUUUUCGUUGACUUUGAAGACAUCACUCUAAGAAGGAAGUUUCUGACGGGCCUGGAGCCAGAGAGUAUUCACAUGAUGAUUGGUUCCAUGACAAUAGAUUCUUUGGGGAUACUGAAUGAUCUUUCUGAUUGUGAAGCAAAGCUUUUUCCCAUUGGCUAUCAGUGCUCAAGGGUCUACUGGAGCACAACUGAUGCUAGGAAGCGAUGUGUGUACACCUGCAAGAUCCUGGAACAUAGACCUCCUCCUGUGGCCGCAGAAGAAAACAGCACUUUAGAGCACAGUGAAAACAGAACCGUUGUACACAGUCCGCACAGUCCAGCAGAAAUUGACACAACAGAGAAUCAAAACACAGGUUUAUCUGAAAUACCAGAUCAUCAUCCAGCCUCACAUGCUCCUGGGCCAAUACCUCCAAGGUCGCAGCCUGGAAGCAGAACUCAGAUAUCUAGUUUUUCCCCGUCACGCCGAAUCACAAACACAGGAUCAAGACCACUUCCAUCACCAGGGAGCCCCACGCCAAUGAUUCAUGAGAAAGUUACAUUUGCUGAUGCCCUGCUGUCGUCUGGGAGACGGAGCACCAUUUCUAGGAGGCAUAGUACAACAUCAGUAUCACCUCAACAUUCCAGGCACAGGAUGGCUUCCCCUUCCCAAAUGGGCAUAACAUACAUCAGGUCAAGUGGUAACAUCAAUACAUCGCCACUGACCUCCCUCAGUGUAUCUCCCGAUACAGACACAGGAAACCAACCUGGUGAAACACUUUGUAAAGUGCUUCAGUCAGACAAACUUGGCAUUUCGGUGCAGUCGCAUACAAGCCCUUCUGGUCGACAACGAAUCUGUAGUGCUGAUUCUGUCCCUGUACAUCACACAGGGAUUUCUCAUGCAUUGGGUUUGCAGACUAACAGGACAGAACCAACAUGCGUUGGGCAUCACACUUCAAAAGAGCGUCCUCUAACUUUAUCUGGUAACCAUUCCCGAAGUGAGACCAAGGCACCUGCAAGUACGUUGGAUGGUACGGUAACAACGUCAGUGUUGCCACUGAUGUCUACCUCAGUUCCCACAGUAGCAGCCUUGCGUACAUCACAGAAGGAAGCACGGAACAACAGUGCAUUGCUUACCAACUCCAACUCUGUGACACCACACUCCAAAGAAACUAAAACCUGUAUGUUACCUUUUCACCAAAAGGAUUCUAGAAGACCAAAUGAUCAACACAAGGACACUGUGCAUCCAGGAAAAUCAAGCAAAGAUCACAUCCACAAUCAAGGUACUGAGAGGAUGAGGUUGCAGUCUGCUGGUGUUAGCCACACUGUGGCUGCUGGGAUUGAAUACUCUCGGCCAAACUGUACAGAGAAGAGACCAGUCAUUAAAAUGUCAUCGACUGAUUUCCCCAAAAACAGUAGACUACAAACAGGGAAGCAUUUUGAGGGAAGCCUAUUUUCCAAUUCUGCUGCAGAUAUAAAGGUUAAUUCAAAAACAUCCAUCAAUUCACUACUUGAACCUGCUGAGAGCACUCAAACUGUGGAAGAACCUAAACAGAUAUUUGGUGACAAACCUGCUGGCACUGAACAUUAUCUCACUGCUAAUAUUGGUGAUGGAAUCCAACCUCCAUCUGACAAAAUGAGGGCUGAUAUUCGCAAAAAGGAAAUGCAUGCUUCACAAAAGCAAGAACUUCAUGGAUAUUUCGAACCCGAUUACCUGGUUGAUGAGGAUCAUGACGAGAGUGUGGCUACAUCCAUGUCGACCAGUUCUCAGGAAGGCGAUGAUAUGUUGUCCUCCACAGUUGCACAACCUUCAAUGACAGGAAGUCCAGAAAAUGAGCAGGAAAACCUUAGGUGUCCAAAGUGCAACAAGAUCUACAAACAAAGGGUGAAAAACCUGUUUCAGAAGCACGUGCUGCAGUGUGGAAGUCAGACCGCACAAGAGGAUGGCGAUGGGAACAAAGCUCAGGAUAACGAUUCCAACAAAAGGAGGUAUCCUCGGCGCAGUGCUCGUGCACGAUCAACCACCUUCUUUGGGUUGACUCCAUUUUAUGGUGUGAAAUCGUACGGUGAAGAAGACUUUCCAUUCUAUCGAGACCCUUCGGGGAAAAAACGAGGAGAGCAGUCAACUCAAGGGCAGGUGGAUGGAGCUGAUGAUCCAAGCACAUCAUCUGAUGAAGACAUGGAAUACUACUACAACUUCACAAGAACAGUUAUCACAUCUGAUAGAGAAGGAAGACUUGAGCCAUGCAGUUUCUUUGACGGUGAGGAAGAUUGCCGUGUACCCAGGAUAAGUCAACUAGAUGGUGUCGAUGAUGGCACAGAAAGUGAUGUUAGUGUCACCACAACAGCAGGCAAAACGACACAGGUGAACAAAAUAAAAUCCAAAGAAAAUGGAACUGAAAGCUUAGACCUCGAUGGCGCCAUUAACAGCGGAGCAGUUGAUGGAGAAAAGGAAAACCAUGGCAUCAAAACAGUUUCUGACCUGAAAGGUAGUGAUUCAAAAUUAGAUAACUGUGUUCCUGUGAGUAGAGUUAAGUCUCAGGGCCAAGACUCCUUAGGGGAGGUUUCUCUCACCUCAUUAGACACUCCAAGACGGAGCAAUUCCAACACGCCUUCGGAGAAAAAUCUGCUGGAUAGUUUCAACACAGACUUGCUGAAGGCUGCCAAUGAUUCAGACAAUAAUAACAGUGAUGACUGUGGCAACAUUCUCCCGUCUGACAUCAUGGACUUUGUACUGAAGAAUACACAGAGCAUGCAGGCUCUAGGGGAAAGCCCAGAGUCAUCAUCUUCUGAGCUUAUAACACUGGGCGAGGGUUUAGGCCUGGUGAGUAACAGAGGAAAGGACAUGGGCAGUCUGUUUGAAGUGUUUUCCCAGCCAUUGCCCAGCACAGAACCUGUGGAAAAUGUUGUCUCGGCCACCAUUCCUGCCGAGGAGCCGUUUGAGCUGCCCCUGGAGUUGCCGUCUGAUCUCUCCGUUUUAACAACUUGCAGCCCAACUGUUUCUAACCAAAGUCACAGCAGCCUUACUGUUAUUUCCGCAUCCCAGCUCGCCCCAUCAGAAGAUCAAUCGGUGUUGAAUUUACCUGCUGCUGAGACGGUGGAGAAGGGGGUGACAGUGACUGGGGAGAAAUCGGUGACAGUGAAUGAACCCGAGGUUUCUCUGAUGGGCCAUCAAGUGGUGGAGCCGUCUGGAGAAAGCCACAUGGCAUCAGAUCAGUUCAUGCAAAGUCACAUGGACACUGACCAACUGACAUCGCCGACCUGCACUCAGGUGGAACAAGGACUAAACCAGGAUCUGACCGGGGUUGGCGCCAGCUCGCCAAUUGUCCUUCCAGUAUCUGUUUCACCUUCCGUGUUACCUCAAGGGCAAAAAUACGUCACAAGUCCAGAUAGUCCUGGGCCUGCUCCCAUCGCAGGUUCUACAGCAGAGAGUGCAACGCCACUCUCUAAACCAGGCACAGAAAACCUCAUUAUUGUUAAUCAACAUGGACAGCCACUGUAUGUUCUCCAAACACUCCCCAAUGGAGUUACACAAAAGAUCAAUCUUGCACCUUCAGUAGGAAGCACACAAGCAGUCAUAGAGGCAAACAAUACAGUACUUGGGCAAAAUGUUUCUAUGGGAUGUAGCCUAUCUCUGGCAACUGGUUUAAAUGUUAGCUUGCCAGCUUCACAGUCAAUAUACACUUCUGCUACCAUGACCAACAGCGGUGGCCUGAUGACGUUAUCACAACACCCUCAGUUGCAUUCCUUUCCGGGACCCACUGUGUCAGCAUUUCAGCCCAGCAGCACCAACUCGGCCUCCAACCUACUCAUUGGGGUCCAGUCACCUCAGGAUCCUCUACUCUUGAGUUCUGAGCCCAGCCAGAGGCCAGAGCUUGUCACUGCCAUGACCUCUAGUCAAGGGUCCACCCAAGCCAAGAAAAGACCAAUAAAUAGACUGCCUUCUAAAAAGGGCAAAAAACUAGCACCUUCGUACCAGCAAACAUCAAGUUCUUCUGCAGAAAUUGUUUCUAACUUGACUUCUAUUAACUUCCCAUCAUCGCAGGUGUCUGGAGGGAUUGCUAGCCAGUCAGGAUUAGUGGAUUUAGGAGCACUCACGAGCUCAGGACCGCAGCGAACAAUUCCAAACAUAAUCAAGCAUCCCAAACCUGCUGUGAUGUAUUUUGAACAGGCAUCUUUGGCUGUGCCUCAGCUUCAACAAACACUGGGGACAGUAGGUUCUACAAACAUCAUUGUGCCAGAAAAUACUCAUUUGGCAGCUGGAAAUGUAUCAGGAUUGGGGUCGGGCCAGUCUGUUUUAAAUGUUGUAUCUAUGCAUGCAGCAACAGCAGCAACCAGUGCAGGAGCAGUAACUGGGCAUAUUCUGGGUCAAGGUUCAGUCACCCUUGCUGCUCCAAUGUUGCUGGGGACAACAGACAUUACUGGCUCAAUAAGUAAUCUGUUAGUCAAAGCUAGUCAACAAAGCUUAGGACUUUCAGAUCAGGCAGUGCCGUUGCCUGGAGCAGGAAUGUUUCAACAGCUAGGACCAUCACAAAGCCCCAACAGUGGACCCCUAUCUCCAGCACAGAAUAUAUGCCUGCUGCCUUCCACUGCAACAGUCACUGUUGCACCAUCUGAGCAGGAAGGGACCUAUCAGCUACACCAUCAAAGAACUCAAUUGUUGCCAAACAAAUGUGUGACAACAACUGCCCAGUUAGAUGCUGUUUGCAUUUCAGAUGGACAGAUAUCGACUACCACACUGAGCGUGUCGCCCAGUGGCAUGAGCAACACCGGCAUGGCCACGCCAGCUCCAGUGACCUCUAUGUUGUGCUCUACCAUGGACCAAUCUCCUAUCAGUGGAGUGCCUGCUGUAUCUCCAGGCUCUCCAAGAACCAAGCCCAGGGUAAAACGGGCAUCGUCCUCUUCUGACAAACUGAGCAAUAAAAAGCACAAGGUGGCACAUGUCAUGACGAAAGAGCACACGUCUGAAAUCUGUGGCGGUCAUCAAGAUGUUCUGGAGUCUGAUUCAGCCGUUGUACCUUUGUCCUCCAGUGCAGGUUCUGUUCGUGUAAGAAUAAAGGCAACAGUGCAAGAUGUAAUGGAACUUGAUGAGCAACAGCAUGAAGAUUAUCACCAGGAUUCUGAUUGUCCCAGUCAAAUGGAGCAUGUGCCAAUGCUGCAGUCCCUAGAACCGAUGAACACAGCAACCUCAAAUACAGAAGGACAAGAUGACUUUGUCACUGAAUCUAAAAGUUCGGAUGACGAUGACACCUUCACUUCUCCUCUUCUUGCUCUGCUGGAGCAGGAGGAAAAGAGAAGAGAGAUCAGGAGUGAGAAGAAAUCAAAAAAAGGCCUGCUGUUUCAAAUCACAAGCGAUGAUGGCUUUCAGAUCCAGUGUGAUAACAUUGAAGAAGGGUGGAAGGUGUUGACAGAGAAAGUACAGGAAGCUCGAACCAAUGCCCGACUGAAGCACAUAUCAUUUUCUGGGAUAAAUGGCCUGAAAAUGCUGGGCAUUUCUCACGAUGCGGUGGUGUUCCUAAUUGAACAGCUUUAUGGAGCAAAACGUUGCAAGAAUUACAGCUUCAAGUUCCACAAACACCAAGAAGUAGAUGAGCUCCCUAUCAAUCCACAUGGUUCAGCACGAGCCGAGAUACACCAAAGGAAGUCAGCGUUUGACAUGUUCAAUUUCUUGGCUUCAAAACAUCGGCAGCCGCCUGAUUAUUGUCCCAACGAGGAAGAGGAGGAGGAGGUGCAGCUUAAAUCAGCUCGACGGGCAACCAGCAUGGACCUCCCUAUGGCCAUGCGAUUCCGGCACUUGAAAAAGACAUCAAAAGAAGCAGUUGGUGUCUACCGGUCACCAAUCCAUGGACGGGGCCUUUUCUGUAAACGAAACAUUGAUGCAGGUGAGAUGGUCAUCGAAUAUUCGGGUAAUGUCAUUCGAUCUGUCCUCACAGACAAACGAGAGAAAUAUUAUGACAGCAAGGGGAUCGGUUGCUACAUGUUCCGUAUUGACGAUUAUGUGGUGGUGGAUGCAACAAUGCAUGGGAAUGCAGCUCGUUUCAUCAACCACUCCUGUGAACCCAACUGUUAUUCCCGUGUGAUAAGUGUGGACGGGCAAAAGCACAUAGUCAUUUUUGCUGUGCGCAAGAUCUACCGGGGUGAAGAGCUGACAUAUGAUUACAAAUUCCCAAUUGAAGACGCCAGCAACAAACUUCCAUGUAACUGCGGAGCAAAGAAAUGCAGGAAGUUCCUGAACUGAUAAAGACUAGUGGAGAAAAAAACCCUCUUGAGGUGACUGCCAUGAUUCAACGGGAUUACUGGGGAAAAUUAAAAAAUUCAGGGAUGGGAAUGGUCUGAUAAUUGUACCGCAAUGUGCAAGAAUGCACAUUCUUGAUAGAGCACAGUUUUAAACACUAGUGGCAAAAUGCUAUUCCAAUGUAUUUUGUAUCGACCCUGUUUAAAAACACUGCAAAACUGUGGCCGCUGACAUUUCCAAAACUGCACAACAGUGUGUUGAACAGUUACAACCUACUUUUCAUUCCAAACAAAUGUACAGUUCCUUCAUUGAAAUCCUGACUAAAGUCAAUGUUCUUGUGAGUGAUGGCACCAAGGCGCAGGUCACUUGAGUUGAAUCAUCUCUGAAAAAUAAAGGAUAAGAUCAAAUAUGACAGAAAAUAACCUCUUUAGCAGUAAUGCACUAGAAAAGGCAGGGGAAAUUCAAUGAAAAUCUUUGACAUAGAGAUUCCAACCGAGGAGUAGAUUUAUAAUUGCGAUGUUAAAGUGGGGAAGUUAAAUGUUUUAAUAGCUCCAUUGCUUAUGAUAGCCACUGCACCACAGAAGAACUACUUAACCAUAAGCAAGGACAAUGAACUGAAUUGUGGCCGUACCUGUGCAGCUUUGGGGAAGACCUGUUGUCCCAUGCAAUCACAUCGAUCUGGCAAAUCCAACCCCCUUUCCAGGAGGCAGCUAUCUCUGGUUUUAUUUUAAGGUUGCGAGAUUUUUUUUUAAUUGAAAGAAUUACUUUUCUUGGCAGAAAAUAGAAUUAACACUAAAGAUUGUAAUUCUGCCCAUUGGAUUUCCUCCAUACAUUUUUUUUUCCUUCAUUGUAACGAUUACCGCACUUGCUACUCAACUCAAUCUUGUAAAGCCCAUGCAGGUUGUAAACGUAACUAGUUACUGAUAGUUAUACUACCUGUUUAAAGUGAAUGAGUUGUGAUAAAGGCACUAAUUCAUUCUCUGAACUUCUGCUUUAAAUGGUACUCGCGUAUUGUCAUGGGGAUAGUGCAUGACACUAUCAAAUGCACUUACUGUCCAAACAUUCACCAAUUGAAACAGGUUAAUUAAAGGCUUAGGGGUUGAUAUUUCUUGACCAGAGGGAAGAACAGUUAAUGUUAAUGUGGAAAUUGCAGAAGGCAGCUAAAAGCAUCACUCUACCCGUAUUAAAAUCCACUGACUUAUAAAAGCCAAACUUACUAUCAACUAGCAACUUUUACAACUUUUGUUGCUUGUGUGAUGGAUUUUAACUGGAUUUUGCUACCAAAUUGUGUAGGAUUCUUUAAAACAUAUUCAUUGAGGAAAAUUAAUUGGCAUGAUCGAUGCAGGCUCGAAGGGCCAAAUGGCCUCCUCCCGCACCUAUUUUCUAUGUUUUCUAUUUUUCUAUGAUGUCAUUGAGUAUCCACCAAAGGAAGAAAAUUUAAUCCUAUUUUUAAAUUUGCUUUUGCACUCUAAACUUCCUGAUGAUGAAGUUGAAGAUGAGGGCACAGAAGUGCUCAGUGACUGUGCAUUGUACUGAUUGGAGUGAUUUUUGCCUAUUGGGUGUUCCACAUAUUUUGAUUAAAAGCUACAGUAACAGCAGGGAAAUGUCUGAACAAUAAGCAUCUACCUGUUGGUUCCUUAAAAUUAUCUUUUCUGCAUUCCUAGUUGUGCUGUAACUAGGCACAGCAGGACAUUAAACCUAUAUUGAACUCUAGAUGGGGAGGUUGCCAGAGGCACUCAUGCUAUUUUGGAAGAAAAUGUUUUUGUGAUUCAUGACAAAAAAAAUAACAAUUAUCACAAUAGCUGACUCCUGGAAACGGCAAUUUUUUUUGACCAAAUGAAUGCAUCUCAGGUGGGUUUCUGGCAGUGACUUAAUGACCUUGAUCCCUUGUAUUUUUGCACUCUGUGCUAUUUAGAUAAACGCUAAAUCUAAUGUGUUUGUACUGACUACAAUAGUGUAUCCUGUUUUUCAGGUUACAGCUGUAUUCCAUAUCACCCAAUAUCAAAAUUUCUGCUGUAUCUUGUGUAUUCCAUUAUCCUGAUUAGAGAUCUGUCUGCUGCUUUCUAAGCUUUCGUUUGCUUUCCAAAAAAAGGUUUGGCUAAUCAGGAUAUUAUAUCUUAUUGGGGCACAGUCGUUUUCAAAAGUUGAAUUAUCCCAGCAACACAUCUUCUCACCCUUCCAUUCAGCUUCUCCCUCCCUAUAGACAAAAUCGAUGUUCUUUCAAACAAUCAUUGACAGCUUAGCAAGCUGACGGGAGGGAGCAAGGUUGGCAGAAUGUUUUUUUCCUUAUUAUGGUCCAUGCUGUCCAGUAUUCUUGUUUAUUUAGUUAUAAUUCUGCCAAAAAACGUGGAUUUUUUUUUUUUUUCUCAUUUUGUUUUGUCUUCACUCAGUUGCUGCUAUUACUUCAUGACAUCCAACUGCCUUUAGAGACCAUGUUCCUUGCUGCUAUGAUAUCAGCUUUUAUUUGAGGGCACCCUUGCACAGACAUGGGUACUAACCCCUAACAUAGGAAAGGACAGGUGGGGUCGACCUAAAAUGGAUAAUGUACCUCAUUUAGUACAUGAUUGAAUUGGCAUACUUAAGAGCACAGGAAAGGCACACCUGAGUAUGGCAUUAAUGUUCAGGUAAUGGGAGUUCUACUUGAUGGGUGGGGGGGGGGGGGGGAGGUGGGGAGUAGUUCUGUAUGCACUGACAGUCAAAGUCCAAUAUAUGCUGUUCUAUUGACUGUGGCUGGAUAGGUACAUAAUAUCUAGCUGAAAAGAUUGUGUUUGUAAUUAUUUUUAAUCCAAUGUCACUGUUGCCAAACAGCUGCAGACAAACUACAACGAACUAGGAAAGGAAACUUAACUAGCAGUGGAUAUAUUGGUUAAUGUCAUUCUGAGUGCACCCCUCUUAUUAUAUUGUAGGGCACUUCAAAAAGGGGACAAAGAUUUGAUUACCAGUUGCUAUUGUUAUUUCUUGCUAAAAAUAGUUGAUUUGGAUAAUUGAAGGAAUAUAUGAAACAUCAGUGUAGUCUCAGUGAGGAUGUUAUUAAGUACAAUUGCCAGAGAUACUGUUUUAUUAAAUUCAUGAGGUAUAAUAAGGUAUUUAAAAGGAUAUUGAGAAUGUUCGAGCCUUGACAUUAUGGUUGAGACUUCAAUAUUUUACCACAAAAUGUGUAACUUCCCAUUCAAAGUAGUAGUUGAAUAGCUGUGAUGUCCCUUGUGUGGGCUUUCAAAACUCUUGUGUUUACCUCCCCUGAUUCCACAUUGAAUAGCUGAGAUUGCUGCAUUAAAUACAACUUUAAAGUGGAGUAAGCACACUAGCCCCGAGCAGAAUCACGUAUUCUCACAAAACAAUCAUAAAACUGUCCCCAAAUCCUGAAAUAAGCACUACAUGCUUAAGAUGCAAGAGGCCCCUUAGAGUCUCUUGUUGGCACUCUUGUAAAAUGCAAUGUUUAGUUUUGGCGAGAUGGGUUCCAGGAUCUCAGCUCUGCGGUCUUCCCCGACUCAAACAUAAAUCCUCUUUGUGUGCCUCUUCAUAAAUGCUGUACUGUGUUCAUUCAGAGGCAGCCAGCAGUGAACCUUUAAACUGACUGGAGUUCAUUCUCCAUCAAUUAACGAAGUAAAUUGCAAAAAUCUCUUCAACUUGACAGGCAAUCAGAGAUUUUAAAUAGUGCUUUUUGUCCAGUUGUGUCAGUGCGGGACUUUUAUGGAGACUUUAUGUUAUGAGUUAAAACACUGAAUAAAAUAUAGAUGUUCUCUCCGACUGACACUAUCUCUAACCCAAGCAGAGAUUUUUUUUUUUAAUGUUAUUUAUUUGAAACCCAUUUGGAUAUAUAGGAAACUUGAAUAUAAUUGUAUUUUUUAAAAAAUAAUGAGAAUGGGAAAGAAGUAGAAAAUAAUAUUUAAAAACAUAGAUAACUGAAAAUAGCACAGCAGACAGAGCCAGGUGGUGACGCCUGAGUAUGUGUACCAAAGUCUUGAUUCAUAGGAAGAAAUGAAUCAUUGGAAUUUUAGUUCCUUCUUGUCUUGCCCCCUUCUUUGUAACUAGCCCAGCACCCUUUUAAUUCAGAGUCCAGACACCGAAUGGUUGCAAAAGAACAGCUGGGCUGUGCGAAUCAGAGUGGGCCCUACAAGAACAGUUUUUAUUGUCUGAUCCCCUCUUCAAGAUAUUGACUGUGAGUGUGGGAAGAACAGGCAGCAGCUAGACCACUGGUGUAGGAUUCCACAUGUUUGGGCUGUGGAAAACAGGCAUACUGCUGAGAAGAGUCUGUCUCUGACAGCGAAGCCCUUGUCAUUUGGCAGCAUCACGCCCGCCUGCUUCCUUGCCUUUUAGAUUUUAUGGGGGUGGAGGUGGCCAGUGGUGGGCAUGUGUGGCAAGUCAGAAGAGAUGACUAGUUGCUAGUUUGCUUUUGUUUACAAAUGUUGCUGCUUUUGUUCGUCCACGUGGCUGGUCAGAGAUUGGAAAUAAACUGUCAUGUAUCCCUUUGUGUUGGUUUCCGACCGAGGCAGUUAAACUUUGAAAUCUUUAUAACCUGCACCAUGUAGUGUAUAUAAUUAAGUGCCAGGUUAUUAUUUUUAAAGAGUUUUAUGGACAACCUAUCAGAGGUUUAAUGACCGGCCAACUGACAAUUGAAAAUGCUGCCAUAGUGCGCAUAUAUAUAUAUAUUUUUUUAGUACAGUUUAUUUAUUUAAUUUGGGGUCUUUUUGUGGACGAUAUAAUCUGCACAUUGAUCAGUAGUUUGGGGUCACUGCUGGUGAAUAUGCAUACCCAGCACUCCAAAUCUGAACAUAGGGUCACUUGACAUGGAGGUGAUAUAGCUUCAUGUAGGUCAUUUAUCCCAAAUGAAUGAAAGGCCACCCCAGUCUGCAUGGUCUCUUUUUCUCAUGAUUAUAAGAAGGGAGUGCUUGCUAUGUAUCCAUGAAUGCCAGAAGUAGGAUUAGCCUCCAGUGGGAAAUGUAGCUGUAAUGAGAGAGAUUCCUUAAGGUGCCAGUGUACCUGGCAGAACUAGUUACAGUGACUGAGUUCACUCAUUGCAGCAGUCAUAAAGCUUGAUCUAUAGUUUAAGCACCAAAGUUUUGAAAAAUAACUAUAUUUACACUGCUGUUGUCCUGUUACACCAUUCCAUGAGUAAGGCUCAUUUCUGUACAGUUAGUGUCUUGUAGAAAGCUUCAUUCUUGAAUGUAAGUUUUUUUUCCUCGGGAUUGGGGUGUUGUCACAAUUUAAAUGGACUCCAGCUCAUUCUCCAUGGGUUCCAGAGCAAACCCGGAAGAAUUCUAUGACUGUCAUUAGAAUCCACAACAGGAUGGCACUUUGUAUCUUCUCAACGUCUCCCUUGGUUCUUUUCGUCAAUGCAGGACUUCACCCUACAAAUGCCACAGCAAGAUUACACUUAAUAAAAAUCAUGUUGCCACAGGGUAGUCAUUUCGAUCCAGUCUCCAUGAAACAGACCAGGUUCACACCCAUUAGCAUCUGACAAGGAAGGCUAAGGUAUUACUUUAUAAAUUGUAAUACCGCUUAACUUUAUUUCGCAACCCGACAAAGUAGGAAGGACACAGCAGUUUUAAAAUGAAUGUAUCUUUUUUCUAAUGACUGAAAUUAUUAUGAGACUUUUAAAUGACACACCGUAAAGUUUGCUCGAUGAAAUACAUAAUCCCAUCUGAAAAAGAAGAGGGCUGGUUCUCAUCUAUUUAGCAUCCAUUUCAAAGCAAUACAAUGUUUAUCGAUAAGUUUGCAGAGAUCGUGUAAGACCAUCAUGUCUUAGUUUAAAAGUACAGGAUCUUGAUUAAAAAAAGAUAAGGAGGGGGAGAGAAUACAAUAUCUGAAUUAUUUUCAGAGAAAAAAUGCUUUGGUGAUAUUUCCCCCAAAUUUAAAAAUAUUUAAACACUAUUGCUGAUUUUUCUUUCCAUUGUCUCACAAAUGGUUAGCUGACUCUAGCUAUUAGAGGGAAAACAAUUUUUAAAUUAUUUUUUUAAAAUAAGGGUACAUGUUGUGUCUGUACUUCCAUGUUCCUUGUGACUAGAAUCCUUCGUUUCCCCAAUAUCCCCCACCGGAACAGAAUUAUAUUUAUACGUACGUUUUUCCGUUAAUGUGAAUAUAUUUUUGCGUCUCUUCGAGAUGAAUACACAAAGGAGUGGUAGAUGUAAAAUGUUCCCGGUUCAGAGAAAACUUACGAGAAAUGUGUUUUAUUUUUUAUUCAUGAUGAGGCUAAUUGUACCCUUUUUAAUUAUUUUUUCAUUUUUUGCGUUCCUGUAAAUUGUUAUUUUUUACAUGGCUCUUGCAAGUCGUCUUUACAGUUUGAUUAGUGCAUCAGUGUUAAACAAUAUCAUGAUAAUGAAGGUAAUUUUAAUUAUUAAGAAAAACUGAAAGCUAUGCUAAAGAAUGAAUGUAAAAAUAUGUACAUAGUUGUAAAAAAUGUUUCUAAGCGUCAUUUUCUAUGCACUUUUUUAUUUAAGUGAUAGUUUAAUUAAUAAACAUGUCCAGUUCAUCCUUGGAGAUACUUUAAAUAUAUUUUGUGUAUUUCAUGUGGGAUUACUUUUUAUUAAAAAGUGUUGAUCCUCGAA